UCAUCUUUCAUCGAUCAAAUCUAUAUUGUGCUUACUUGUGAGCUUUGUGUAUCAAAUACGAAUAACUUAUAUUUUAAAAAGCAAACAUUUUCUCAGAGUUUUAAAGAUUAUUUACGAGUGCAGCAAUUAUGAAUUGUUUCGGCUUUCAGAUGAUAAUUUUUUGUCUCGUUCUUUUCAUCGAGACAUGUGUGAGUGUUGCCAGUGAUCAUUUUAAUAUUUUGGCGCUGUUUCCAUACUCGGGAAAGAGUCACUUCGACGUUGUUGAACCACUCUUGGACGAAUUGACCCUCAGGGGUCACAAUUUAUCCGUAUAUAGUCAUUUUCCUAAGAAGGAAUCUCUGGCAAAUUAUCAUGACUUUUAUAUUGGCUCGAACUCGUCGAAAGGAAUCAACGUGAUCGAUUUAAACAGUGUGAAGGAAUCUUAUCAACUCGUCAAGAUGGUAGAUUUUUUCGAACUUGGUUUGGAGCAAAUAUGUCGUCGAGGUCUCUUGCACCCGCACAUUCAGAAUCUCUUGAAGUCGACGGACCAGUACGAUCUCGUGAUAAGCGAGAUGUUUCAUACGGACUGCUUCGUGCCGUUCGCGGAAAAAUUCCAAGCUCCGCUGGUGCUGGUACGUACCUCGGCUAUGGCCGCGUGGCUGUCGGCUCGCACCGCUAAUCCUCACAAUCCGAGCUACGUGCCAGGAACGACCUCGGGCCUUCCGACGCGCAUGAGCUUCGCUCAACGGCUCGCCAAUACUCUCGACUUCGUCUUGUACAAUGUCCUUUAUCAAAUAUAUGACGCAAAGGGCGAACGAUUGGCCAGACAAUACUUUGGCGAAGCCAUGUCACCGCUGCAGAGCACAGCGGCCCGAGCGAGUCUGUUUUUGAUCAAUUCACAUUUCGUGUCGCAGUAUGCAAAACCGACGCUGCCCAACGUCAAGGAGAUCGCUGGUCUACAUCUAAAAGAUGCGAAACCCUUGUCCCAGGACUUGGAAAGUUGGAUGAGCAGCGAGUACGGAGUUGUUUAUAUGAAUCUCGGUUCAAUGAUUAAACCCUCGACGAUGGAUAAAGACAAGAGAGAUGCAUUUUUGCGGGUUUUUGCGGAGCUGCAUCCUGUCAAGGUACUUUUGAGAUGGGAUAGCAGUGGACUGGAAAUAGUUCUGCCUCAGAAUGUCAAGCUAAUCGAAUGGGCGCCACAAAACGAUAUUUUACAUCACCCAAAUGUGAAGCUGUUUAUCGGACACGCGGGAAUGUUGGGAAUCAUUGAAGCCAUCCAUGCUGGUAUUCCCAUGGUAAUGAUUCCCAUGUUUGGCGACCAGGAGUCGAAUGCAAUGAUCUCACAAGAAAAAGGCUUGGGACUGGUACUACAGUACUACGACAUAAAUUACGACUCACUCAAUCUCACCAUUCGUGAAGUACUUUUUAAGAAAAAGUACUACGAUACGGCAAAAAUACUAUCUCAAGCAUUUCGAGAUCGACCAAUGACGGCGCGAGAAGAAGCUGCAUUUUGGGUGGAAUACGUGGCUCGUCAGAGACAGACGAUCGAUUCGCUGAUGCAUACGCCGAGUCGCGAUCUCUACUUUCAUCAGUACUUUUUGCUCGACGUCGUCGCUUUUCUCGCAUCUUUACUCGUUAUGACGCUUUGGCUGAUCUCUAUGGCUGCGACAAAGAUCCGUCGACUCUUUGGCACGUUGCAACGAAAGCAUUUAAAGACCCAGUAAAGAUUACAGUGCGAUCGGAUGCUGCACCCUCACAUGUGCAACACUCGUAGGACGUGCGUCAAACUGGUUUUAGGCGAAAUUGCCUGGCCGCAGUGCGCAAAUAUUUUUCCACCAUUACUCUGGCUCGGAACGUGUGCGCGCGCGCCCAUAUGCAGCUAUACAGUACGACAGAUAACGCAAAAAGUUCAGUUUUGAUUGUUACGACUACGCGCUUUUACCGCGUGUACACGAGUCGUUAUCGACUACAUGAGCCUUCAGUAUGGAUUUUUGGUCUAUCAUAAAUGUGUGCGUGGGUGCAGGCUCGCGUGUCUAUAUGUGUUCGAGGCAGUUCGAGAGGGAGAGAGAUAAAUUCGCUUUUGAUGGGACGGUAUUGUUUUUUGGCGAAAUAUUGUGGUUUUGUGCGAACAAAUGUUUGCUGAUUCGUCGAAAAAUAAAUCCAAUCAUUCGUCUAUUUAUGCCAGCUUUACGAACGUAUCUCUCAUAUAAUUUUCACAUUUAAAGCUAGUUAUUGAUAUUGCAUUUAAUUAGAAAAUAAGAAUGUGCCACAAUUUUCCAUGCUUCCUGUUACAAUUAAAAUAUAGACAUUCGUUUUUCAUGGAAGA